AUGGAAAGAAGAGUGAAACAUCAAGAAAAUACGAUACGAAGUUACGAAAAACAGAUUGCUGAUUUGUCAGCUCAAGUUGCCAGACAAGAACAACUGAAACAAACUACCAGAGAACAAGAACAGUGCAACACUGAGAUGAAGCAAAUCCGAGACCUCUGCCAGAAGGAUAAAGACACCCUUAAAAAUGAACUAAAUUCUAUAGAAAUGAGUUAUUCGGAUCGUUAUCAAGAGUCCUCACUAUCUUCUUCAGAAGAGGAGGAAGUUACUUUCUUAUUACGGCUAAAACCAUCUCCUACACCACCCACUAGAAGACGAAAAAAUAUUAUUCAACCUCAAGCCAAUGUCAUAACCACCCCCAAAGGCUGGGAUGUUGUUAUAGAGAGACGCGAUCCCGAAAUUUCCUGCGCCAACUCUUCUUCAAGCUGUUCUAGUCCUGUCAAACAGCAAAGAUUUAGUUUCGAUAAAAAAAAUAGAAGAGAAUGUGCACAACAAGAUGAAAAGAAUAAAGAAGAAAUUCCUCCACCAAUACCUCCAAGGUUUAAACCUAGUGCUCCACCCCCUGAGCCGAUUGAAAAUAAUUAUGGUUGGCCUCCAAUAAAUCAGUCAACUGCGUGUCGAGUGUUGAAAAAAAUUCGAGAAACAGGCAGUGCUGAGGAGGCUGCUAGAUCAGGUCGACCUAAAACAGUAACCGGAGAAGACAAAGCUUUGGAUAUGAUGCUCUCAAUACAAGAAACUCUAACACAAUCGUCUAGGACAUUGGCAUUGGCAAUGGAUUUUAAUGUCUCUCAUCAAUCAGUAAAAAACUUGUUUAAGAAGCAGAAGUUACAUCCCUAUAAGAUGAAGUUGGUACAUGAGUUGAACGAGGACGAUUUGAUAGAAGAACUGAAUUUUGUGAGCUGA